AUGCCUUCAGCAACGGGUAACAAGCGCGUCAAAGGCGUCUCAGUCUUCCGCCCAUUCAUCUUCGGCAGCGAAGCCCAGCCGUUCGACCCCGAGAAGCGGCCCGCGAACGCGCCACCUGAUCACACGCACCAAUGGCGCAUCUUCGUAAAAGGCGUCAACGACGAAGACAUUUCCUACUGGCUGAAGAAGGUGCAAUUCAAGCUGCACGAGACCUAUGCGCAAGCGGUGCGCACAAUUGAAACGCCCCCCUUUGAAGUCGUCGAGACAGGCUGGGGCGAGUUCGAGAUCCAGAUCAAGCUGUACUUCCUCCCCGAGUCCGGCGAGAAGCCGCAGACGCUGUGGCACAGCCUGAAGCUGCAUCCAUACGGCCCGGACGCGGAGGGCAUGAAGGAGCGGCGCGAGGUGGUUGUGAGCCAGAACUACGAAGAGGUUAUUUUCAAUGAGCCUGUUGAGCCGGGGAAAGGCAAGAAUGCGAAGAUGAAUGGUCGGACAGCGGAGAUCCCGUUGGGUGAUUCGCCGAAGAAUCCGUAUAGUCGGGCGACCGAGGGGAAGGAGUUGGAUCGGAUGGCGGAGGCGACGAAGACUGUCGAGCAGAUGAUCAAGGAGGAAAAGGAGAAGCUGAUUGAGCGGGAGAAGUAUCUGGCGGAACUGCGGGAGACGGAGGGCGUGCCUGCUUCCACGAAGAAGAGAUGA